UGAUACUCUUAAUACUUCGACAUCCUUUUCACGACAAGUCCUUUGAAAGGAAUUUCAUCAAAUCGACUUCGUUACUUCACGUUUUAGCCUGUCGAUCUCGUCUUCAGUGUAUCAUCAUGUCGUUUGAAUACGGUCAAUUCCCCCCUCAACAAGAGGGCGCUCCUGGUCAAGUGCCUCCUCCUCAGGAUGGAGCUGCCCCAGGUCAGGCCCAAGAUCCUACGGGUCAGCAGCAGAUCGGUUUCCAGGCUCCAAAUGUGACUGGUACCCCUCAAGGUGGCCCAGGUGGAGAUCAAAAGACCACUCUUUGGAUGGGUGAACUUGAGCCAUGGGUUGAUGAGAACUUCAUUCGCAACCUCUGGUUUCAGAUGGGAGAGCAAGUCAGCGUCAAAAUGAUUCGCGACAAGUUCUCUGGUAACGCUGGAUAUUGCUUUGUCGACUUCUCUUCUCCCCAAGCUGCGGCCAAGGCCCUUCAGCUCAGCGGACAGCCCAUGCCAAACUCCAGCCGUCCAUUCAAGCUGAACUGGGCGUCUGGUGGUGGCCUGGCCGAUCGACGAGAUGAUCGUGGACCAGAAUACUCGAUCUUUGUCGGUGAUCUUGGCCCAGAAGUCAAUGAAUACGUUCUGGUCUCGCUCUUCCAGAGCCGUUUCCCGUCGUGCAAGUCGGCAAAAAUCAUGACCGACCCUCUUAGUGGCAUGUCGCGCGGCUAUGGCUUUGUGCGAUUCUCUGAUGAGAGUGACCAGCAACGUGCCCUGACCGAGAUGCAAGGCGUCUACUGCGGCAACCGUCCUAUGAGGAUCUCAACCGCGACACCAAAGAACAAGGGAGGGCCAAUGGGCGGCGGCGGUGGUGGCGGCGGUCAACAGGGUGGUAUGGGUAUGCCAGGAGCUGCUCCCAUGGGCUAUCCACCAAUGGGAGGUCCACCGAUGCAACCAUACUACGGUGGCCAACAAUCCAUCCAGCCAAUGAACCAAUUCACUGACCCGAACAACACUACUGUUUUCGUUGGAGGAUUGUCGGGAUACGUCACUGAGGAUGAGCUGCGCUCUUUCUUCCAAGGCUUUGGCGAGAUCACCUAUGUCAAGAUUCCACCUGGAAAGGGCUGCGGCUUUGUGCAGUUUGUGCAGCGACAUGCCGCCGAGAUGGCCAUCAACCAGAUGCAAGGCUACCCCAUUGGCAACUCUCGUGUUCGCCUCAGCUGGGGAAGAAGCCAGAACAACUCGGGCCCGGCUGGCACUCCUUACCGCCCAGCGCCACCUCCACCGAUCUACCCGUCCAUGGGCAUGCCUCCUUCUCACAACUACAACAACUAUGCGCCAAUGAAGGUUGGUCCAGCCUCCGGUCCUGAAAUGUCUCAGUACUGACGGACACGACAGUGAGAAGUCAACAUAUCGGCACAGCAGGCGUUCGUCCAUGGUCUUCCUUUUCCUGUCGAAUUGGAAUGAUGCGUUUCGUUUGUCAUUGAAACAGCGCGAUCAGUUUAGCGUU